AUGCAAGCGGUGAGAUGCCAUGAGGAGCUUCUGGCAGAGGGUCUGCUCGUGGCGUAUGACCGGCACUUAGGGACGGCGAUCUUCAUCUCCCACCAAUGGCGCAGCCGGAACCAUCCGGACCCAGAUGCCCGUCAACUUCGGGUGCUCCAAACUGCAUUGCAGAACCUCUUGUCUGGGAAGACAAGCAUCUCAGCACCCAUCAUCCACGAGAUUGUUUUCGGCUCGGUGCACACUCCCACAGCGGCGGAGCUCUCUGCAACACCUCUCUUUGUGUGGUACGACUACUUUUCUUGCCCACAGGAUGAGGGUGACAAAGCGGUUGCUGAUCGAAUGAGUGCUAUCAACAGCAUUCCGUCCUAUGUUGGCAGGUGCCAGUACUUCAUCAUCCUGUGCCCCGCACAGGAGGACGAGUUUGGACAGAUGCUGAGCGGCAAAACUUGGGCCGAGAGGGCCUGGUGUAGGGCGGAGAGGGUCGCGCGUGAGCUUGCCUGCAGCAGUGGCUUUCCUUUUGCAGUGGAGAGCACCACGCAUGUGACCCUUGUCAACCAACAGCUGGGAUUUUUAUGCCCGCCUGGAGAGGGCCACCUCUCUUUUGAUGAGGAUCGGCAGAAGCUUGCCACGAUAAUGGUGCAGCUCAUUUGGAACAAGCUCUCGCACUGCUUGAUGCAAGGUGACUUGCACAGUUACCGUCUGAUCUUGAAUCAGCAGGAUGCACGCUUGAAGAACCUCGACACCAGACCCGUUGACCUCGCCAUACCGGGCUUCAACCCGAGGGAGAAUCCCGACGAUGACCCGGAAGGGUUCACGCUGGCAAACUUCAUGCACCAGAACGGCUUCGAAACGAUCUCUCAGAGGGAUGAGUCGGGCUGGACACCGCUGUGCUAUGCAGCAAUGAAUGGUGACACCUGCAUCAUUGCGGCACUACUGAAGAGAAGAGCCGAUCCGAACGAGAAAGUGACGAAGAAGGAUCCGAAAGCCUAUGUUCAGAAGAACACUUCCGCCGUUAGCAUCUGUGCCUGGUUCGGCCGGAAUGAAGCAUUGAAGUUGCUCUUGUCUGCACGGGCCCAUCCUGAUGCUCUGUCUGGGCUGAAGCAAACGGCUUUGGAGUGGGCGUGCUGUGGCAACAACGUCGAAGGCGUUCGCUUGCUGCUGGAUGCUCGUGCUGAUCAUACCAUCCAGAACAUCAUGGGCUGCACACCGUUUCAAGCAGGGUGUUGCAUGGGAUCCGUCGACACCAUGCAGGCCAUGUUGGAGCAUGCUCCUGGUCAGAUCCUGCAACACAGCCUGCACUUCAGCCUCUUGUUGGGCGAGGGCUCCGGUCAGGCGGUGUGUAUGCUCUUGCAGUCCCGUGCAGAUGUGAACGAGAGGUGCAACUUCUUCAAGACGAAGACCUAUGGCUGGUGGGCCUUACUCAAAUCCCUAAGCUUGGCACACAGCGCAGGCUACACCUCCAAGCUCCGGAAGCUCGCCUACCACCACCAUGGCGCCACGCCGCUCAUGUUCAGCGUGCUGGCCGGCACCUUCGAGGCCACAUAUGCCUUGCUCCGUGCAGGCGCCCGCACGGACCUGCGCAACGGCCGCGGCAAAGUGGUGCUUGACCUGGCCCGAGAGAUUGGGGCAACAGACCUUAUGAAGGCCCUGGAGGCUGCCUCGCUUCCCUCCCUUGCUUCACCUCUUUCUGCUCCUUCGGCUUCUUGGGAAACUCAGGACCCACUGAUGGCGGAGAGCUUUUGA